ACUCGAUAAAACUGAACUGCUUCUUACCGCAGAAAUGAUAGUUACUAAUCUCCCAGUCUUAAAUCGGCUUCUUAUGACGAUGGGGUCAGAAAGGCUAGACGAGACAGUGCAAACAAACAGCAAGGCUAGUGAUCCUCUUUCAGUGACUUGGAUAGAAAAGUACGAUAAAACGGUUUCCAGAUUAUGGAAUAAAAUUCCAGAGAGACUCGGGAAAUUUCUUGCUACUUUUGCUACAUUUUUAGUAGGAAUAUCAAUUAACGGUCAAUGGGCAAACCUAUACGUUCAUGCUAAAAAGCAAUUAGGUUAUACGACAUCCACAGUAUUAUCCAGAAGUUCACUUUGGGAAAGUAUUACAAUAGAAAAUUUACGAUUAACCAACUUCGUAACAUACUUCAUUCCUACCUGUAUAAUUUCGUACGCGAUAUACUUUGGACUGGGAGGAUUUUUACAUUGGUACUACUACGUACGGCAGCGUAAUAAACCCGAAGAGUGGAAAUGCCAACCUACCAGAUGGUUGAGUCCAGAUUUGGAAAGGCACGAAAUCAUGUUAGGGACAAUUUCUCUAACGACAAAUAUGUUGGUGUCAUCAUUGUUCGCGACGUAUGUCGCUAAUGAUGGAUACUGUACAAUAUAUUACAAAUUUGAUGAACGUGGUUGGUGGUGGUUCUUCUUGCAAUUUCCUGUGAUAUACAUUGCCAUGGAUUAUCCUACGUACUGGAUACAUCGAAUAUAUCAUUUUCCUUGGAUGUACAAAACUUUUCAUAAAAUGCACCACAGAUACAAGCAACCGACUGCAUUUUCGGUAACUGCUAUCCAUCCAGUAGAAGCCUUAAACAUUCAGUUACUAUUAAUGGCUCCACUAAUGACCUUCCCUGUACAUUGGCUUCCUUAUUAUAUAUUGGCUUUAUACCAGUACUAUCAUGGAAUCAUUGACCAUUCUGGAAUCAAUUUUAAAGCUCAGUGGUGGCAGCCCUGGCAACCGGAUGCAAUUUUCCAUGAUAAUCACCACCAGUAUUUCCAUGUAAACUUUGGAUUUAAUCUCACUAUUUGGGAUAAAAUCCAUGGAACCCAUAGGUUGAAAGACCGUAUUUACAGAGAAGAAAUCUUCUACGGCCACGGUAAAUCCAUUACAGAAUUAACUCAAGAAGAACUUGAGCAAGAAAUUACGGAACGGAGAGCAGAGAAUCCGUUAGCCAAUACAGUAGAAUACAAACUGUCUAAACAAGAAAUCAAGAAUCUUCAAAAGAAGAAGUAACUUAUUUGUAGAAUUGGAAGGGAAAGGUAAUCGUGGAUUUGAUAGAAGAAUACUAGGAUAUGAACCGGAUUGUGUUGAUUUUGAGUUAUAUGCUAGUUAAGGAAUAAUCCAAUGUGCUAGUGCUAGAUAUUGUUUUAUUGUGAAUUGUAUUUAAUUUAUUGUAUAAUAGUUUAUUAAAUUUCUAGUUAAUUUUA